AUGGUGGCCUUGACGGCCACCUCCUUCUUUCGCUUUCUCCAGGAGACUGGACUUGCUGAAGGGCAGGUGACCCAGCAGGAGGCGCCAACGGAGGUGGAGGGGCGGACCUCAUCUUCACCGAAUCCGCAGCCGGGUGCACCACCACCGGCAUUCUGUGCUCCCUCCUCCAUCAGGGCUAAUUCUUCAACGUCGCUGACCACGCCGGCAUUCCGCUGGCCGGGCUCUUUGACAACGGACAUUCCUCUCUGGCUUCAAUCCCCUCGGAGUUCUUCAACCACGGUGUCGUCUACCCUUCGCCGCUCCCUUAUUGAUGCUCGUGAUCCACCUCGACGAGAAGCUGAGUUCUUUGACUAUGCAAUUGGUAUCAAUCUUCCAAGGUCCCGGUUCCUACAGAAAUUAUGUUCGCCAUGUAGUCUGAUCUGUAUACAUUGGUUGCUAGCUUUGUUACACACAAUUCAACAAGAACAGAUCCAUCAAAUCCCUCAAUUGAGCUGGGCCCUGAAUUCAAAAGGUUGGGAGUUCCUUGGUCGCUUCAAGUCGAUUCCUAGCAUUGUUGAGCUCAAAAGCUUGAAGGUUUCCGGUGAUGUUUGGUUCGGUUUUGGCAUCGUUCUGAAGGUGGCUAUCACAGGAAAACCUGGUGUCAAGCUGGAAACCCCAGAUGGCACAGUGCUGAAGAACAAGCAGAGGCAGUCGAACCUGAAGAAAGUGCAGCGUGCGGCCGGAGCCUGUCUCGGUGUUGACGGGACGUUAAGGGCGGGCACGGGUGCCGGCUGGAUCAUGUUCACGCAUUCAGGGUCGUGCAGUGCAGCCUGCCAUGGAGGUUGCGCCGGGAGGCGGGAGCGGGUGCGGAUGCUAGCGGGAGCCUGUUCCCGCGUUCAGGGGAGCUCUUGUCGGAUGGCAGCGGGCAGCGUCGGGAAGUCCUGCGGUGGCGACGGCGAUCGGCAAGCGGGAGUGUUGCGGCGGACACCGGGAAGUCCCGCGGCGGUUAUGGCGACCGGCGAGCGGGAGUGUUGCGGCGGCGAUCGGCGAGCGGGUGUUCGCCUCUCUAUCUCAUUCAACCAUUUUUUGAUCGUGGGUGUUGUCUGCCUUGAUUCUCUAGAGAGGGGAAAGGAAGAAUCGAGCGUGGGUGGGUGUUGUCCGCUCCGUCAAACAUGGAGAGGCUGUGGCGCGUUCGAUAUGUUGGUUUGAUGGCCAAGAUCACUUGGAUCAGACCCUCUGGGUCUUUUAUUAGUAGUGGUGAUGGAUACAGAGCUCUGGACGCUGAGAAAACUCAAAAGGAAAAUUUUACUUCAUUUCCUACUUGACCAGGAUUUAAUCUUGUUAUAUAUAAGUUGGCUCGAUAUUAUUUGAUAUUGAGUUUUGAA